AUGGGAAAACGUACAAAUCUUAAACGAUUAUCAUCCGUAUCUCAAUCAGCUUCAAAAUCAGUUGAUACAAAAGCAAGAAAACGUAUCGAAGAACUUUAUGAAUUAACUGAUGAAAUAAUCAAUGCAUAUAAUGAAAUUAAUGAUAAAUAUAUUAAUCAAAUCUAUCGAAAAUAUAAACAAUUACAAGAAGUCAAUGCAAGAUUGAAAGAACAAUUGAAUUCACAUCAUUGUACUGGUUGUAAAUGUACUAAUCAAUCAAUUGGAGAUGAAGAAGAGGAAGUAGAUGAUGGGAAUAAUUCAGUACAUGAACCUGAUGAUGAUUAUCGAAUGAAAAAUUCAACUUUACCAUCAUCAUCGACAAAUUCAGUUAUAACACGUAGCAAAAAAAAUAAUCCUUUUAUUAUUGCCGAUAUUGAAGAUACACAAAAUUUUGAUGCUAAUGAUAGUCGAUUUAUUAGAAAUAUUCCUGAUAAUGAUAAUGAAAAUGAUAAUGAUAAUGAAGAACUUGAAACAUCAAUGAAUACAAGUGCAAAUUCACGCAAACCGACAUCAAAAAAUGGGAAUGAUUCAGACGUAGGAAGUGAGGAAGAAGAUAUGGCGGAACUCUGGUCGUGGGCGGCACAAGGUAGAGAGUCUGAUACUCCCAAUAAUUCUUCUAAUCUUCCUUCCGAUGAAGCAAAUACUACAGCGUUGAAUGUUAAUGAAAGUAAUGAUGAAGAUAGUGGUAUGGCUCAAUUACCAGUUGCUUUACAAGAAGUUAUUAGAAGAAAAGCUGCAAGAAAUAAAAAAGAUAAAUUCUAUUUACUUCAUAUUCCACGUUAUCCAGCAUUAUGUGAAUUUCUUCGUGAUAAAUCUCGUACAUCGUUUGAUCAUCGACCGAGUGAUAUUCAAGUUCGUCCACUUAUUGCAAAUUCUAUUAGCCAACAUUUAGCUAAUGAUUCAAAAGCACGUAUGCGUGUACGUGAUGAAUUACGUGAAAUACAUCGAUCAUAUAUGAGAACAUUUAUGACCGAUCCACAUGUUGUAGCAGGCAAAUUAACUGUUUCAAAAUCCAAACAAAUUCCUGUUAAAAAAAGCCCUGUAUAA